CUUCAGUGACUCUAAAUACAGAUAAGUCAGUAAAAUUGGACGCAUGGGCCAGGGGGGAGCAUGAUACAGACAGCGGAAUUCCCAGGUCAAUAAUACGUAGUGAAGAUGUUAAAAAAGUAGCUGUAACUUCUAAUGUGUUGUGUUUGUGUGUGUUAUUGUUGUUGUUGUUUUUUUUUAAAUUAUUAUUAUAAACGCGUAACUAUGAAAUAAACAAAGCCAUUGUGUAUUUCAGGAUGUUGUGAAAAUUUGUCCUGCAGUGCGGCGCCCUCACGUGGCAUCUCAAAGUAUGACCGCAAAAGUUUCAACAUGGCUCCUUAGCAACCAGACUCUCUUGCCUGGACACAGACUGAUGCCAAACAUUGCUGAACUCAGAUGGGCCAAAGAGUUUGUAUUUUUGUUGCAGAAGUCCGCUGGUGUUGGUGUUGUUUGUCCUGGACAAAUAGUGUUCGUUUUAUCCGCUAUGCAGGCUUGAAUUUAACAUAUUAAUUGAAUUGAAUACAGCCAUUUAGCUAACAGUUCCAGUAUCUGCGUCUUGCUAGGUAGUAGCAUAACUUUAGCAUGAAUGUGUGGUAACAUUUAGCUUAGCACAGUUUUGUAUUUUUGCUAACUAAACGCAGUUAUUAGUUACAUAUACCUCCCAGCGAGCUAAUUGCCGUGGCUUUUUCAAUAUUUGUCCAAGACUAUCAAAGGAAUAAGGCAGACAUUGUGCUCUGUAGUGGUAAAUAAAGUGUUUCACCUAAGCUGCAGUAUAUUUCAGGACAAGCGAUAUGAUUCACAGUGAGAAACAAAAGCACCGUAGUGACGAGGACGUGGUUAAAGAACUGUGCAUGGUCAAUGGAGUAUCCUAUGAAAAAAUUGCACAAGAAGGAAGCAACAUCAGCUCCCUAGAGAUCUUCUUCUCUGGUUUUCCCCGCAUGGUUGGCCUUUCUAUCUUUUCAAGGCUCUGCCAGCUCACCAUAGUUGGCCAGAAUAUAAAAUACAUUGAAGGUCUUGAGUGCUGUCCUCUGCUCUGGGAGCUCUGGGUUGUCCAGUGUCACCUGACAGGAAUAUCUGGACUGCAGAAUUGUGUACAACUAGAGAAACUCUACCUUUAUGAUAAUCAAAUUUGUGAAAUAAAGAAUUUAGAAUUGCAGGUCAAUCUAGAAGUCCUGUGGCUCAACAAUAACUGCAUAAGUCAUAUACAGGGCUUGAACACGCUUCAAAACCUCAAAGAACUAAACCUUGCUGACAACAUUAUUGAAAAGAUAGGGCAUAGCCUUGAUCCUAAUGUCAGCCUUCAGAAUCUUAAUCUGUCUGGGAACAAGAUCAGCUCCUUUAAGGAGCUGACUCUGCUUGCCUGCUUACCCAAUCUGAGAGUACUUGCACUGAAGGACCCCACAUCAACCCCAAACCCAGUGUGUCUGCUGUGUAACUAUGCCACACACGUUGUUUACCACAUGCCAGGCCUCCAGCGACUUGACACCUAUGACGUCUCAAGCAAGCAAGUCAAGGAAGCAGCUGAGUCCACUGUGAUGAAGAAAAUUAUGUACUACAACAUGCGUGUACGUACUGCUCAAAGGAACCUGGCAGAGACUCGGUUCAGUCUGAUAGAGAGGAAGAAAACUCUGCUGCAGUUACCUGAAGAAUGUGUUAGGACACUCAGUCAUGCCCUCAAAAAUCUUGAACGUGAGCUCUCCAAGGUGCUGGCUGGUUGUAAGAAGUCCACUUGCACGUUGGAGGAUGAACCAGGAGGACAGACCCACCUGGUGGAGGGUUCAUCCGACAGAUGUGAUCCAACCACUGACAUCAGUCGUAAUCCUGCAAUGGAGUCCAAAAUACUCAUCAAGAUGGAAGCACUGAGGGAGAGACUGACAAUAUGGACGAGGAGGCUGGAUGAGAUUGAAGCCUGUUAUGAGCGGGAUUUGGCCCAAGCCACAAACAUGAUGGAAUAUACAGUCCAGUUUUUGUUGAUGGAGUUAGAAAAUGUUGGAAAUAUUCGUUUGGAGGAGGGAUGCUCCACAGACCCUUGGUUUACUUCCUGUUGCGACCUUCUGCUGUCCCGUUUCUCUCAGUCAGACUACAGGGCUCACGGCAUCACCGGCAUUAAGAUCAAUAGAGUUAUCCGCAUCUACAACAGUGCUUUGAGGCUUCGCUUUGAGGACAAACUUCAUAGCUUGCUAGCCAGCGAAGACACUGGUAUCUCUUCACAGAAUUACAGACGUCGCCUGGAGCACUUGUUCUACAUAGCCGAAACUGAAAAAAACAGUGAGAAGGAAGAACUUUUGUGCAUUCUGGAGGAGGGCUUCAAAACUGCAGAACAAUAUAAGGCCUUGGGGAGAGAGGGUGCCAUACCUUUAUCCAACAGCCUGAGUGUGACCGAACAGCCCAGAAUGGAACAGACUCUACGCCUGGCCAGCCACUGUAAUUCCAUGGAUACAGUCCCAUUCAGGCACGGUCAGAUUAUUGUUUCCAAAGUGUUUGUCGGUCACAGCAUGCCUAUCCGAGAGGGAGAACCAGUGGACAGAAGCAGCCAUCCCAGAGUCUGCUCUGUAUAUCGCAAUGUGGACACUAAGUGCAGAACUGCAGUGAGUGAAGGGAGACCUCGCUCCUCAAAAACUAACACUGGUCCUGAGUGCAGCCCCAGACGAAGACGGUGGUUUGUGUUUGACCAUGAACUAGUCUUGCCUGAGUACAUCAUAUAUUUUGAAUAUAUAACCGGGAACCAUGAACAACCUGCAUUGCCAAGACGCAGCACAGACAGACAGGAAGCUCCUUCCAAUGAUAUCAUCCUGGACAAGGAAGUCCUCAACAUGGAACCUGUGCUGAAAGCGCUGCCCAAGUUGUUGAGCUUGGAUGACAAAAUUCUGCUUAAUGUGGCCAGAGCCAAUGUCCUGAGUCAGAUCACUGUACUGAACCUUCAUGGCAACAGUCUGAGCAAGAUAAAGGAGAUUUCCCACCUAACGGCUCUGCGGCAUCUUACCAUCUGCUUCAAUGAGUUCAGACGCCUUGAUGACAUUUCUCACAUGCCCAACCUUGAGUUUUUGGAUGCGAGCUAUAACCACCUGGUGACCCUAGAGGGGCUGAGGGGGUUGGGACAACUCAAAGAGCUUGAUUUGCGCUGGAACAAGUUGACCAAAGCCAGAGAAGAUACGGCAGUGCUAAGAAAACAUACACCUGCACUUCUCAAGCUUGACACUCGAUACAACCCCUGGAACAGGCCGCAGGCAGUCAGACUGACCAUGCUGGGACAUCUAACAACACUCACACACCUGGAUGAUGUGGUGGUAGCAGAGGAGGAGGCUGCUGAUGCUGUUCACAUGGCUGCUGGCUCCAAAAUUAAUGAGGCAUGCCUUCUGGCUCACUCGCGUACCAACAGUGAUCGUCCCCGCAGUCUCAGCCUGCUGUCAACAGCCCAGCUCCUAGGUCUUCUCAAUCCAUCACCCUGGGGGCUCAGUCAAGAGCUGGAGCCAGACUGGACUGCAAAGAUCACAGCCCUGAACCUUGACAGCCAGAGGAUUUCCAAGCUGAUCAAUCUGAAUAAACUGGUGAACUUGCGCUGGGCUUCCUUUAAUGACAAUGACAUCUCUAAAGUGGAGGGACUGGACAGCUGCCUGAAGCUGGAAGAACUUUCCCUAAACAACAACAGCAUCAGCACACUCAGUGGUCUGUCAAAACUGCAUUGCCUAAAUAAACUGAGUGUAGAUGGGAAUCAGCUCUCUAGUCUGGAUGCUUCAGUCCUUGAUCAGCUGCCCAACCUGUCCUUUCUGUCUGUGGAGAACAACCGUAUCAGUUCCCUGCAUGGUAUCCAAAGGGUUCGCUCCGUUCUUGAACUCUACAUUGGCAACAAUGAGAUUUCUACAUCACGAGACAUCUACUAUCUAAAGGGACUGACAAACCUCAUCAUCCUGGAUCUUUAUGGGAAUCCUUUAGUGGAGAGACUGGAAAACUAUCGGAUAUAUGUGGUGUUCCACCUUCCCUCCCUGAAAGCACUGGAUGGGAUUGCAGUCGAAGUGACUGAGUGUGAAAGUGCAAAGGAUAUGUUUGGAGGGAGACUAACCCCUGACAUGGUAGCUGAGAAGCUGGGCCACUCUAACUACACAGACAUCACCUACCUCACCUUGCAGUCCUGCUCCAUUAGGAUGGUUGAUCUGUCUCCAGCAGACCUGUUCAGUAGUCUGCGUAGUGUAAACUUGGACCACAACAACCUCACCUCUUUCUCUGGCCUCAUUUACCUGCCCAACAUCAAAGCUCUGUGUCUGAACUACAACCACAUUGAGUCCAUCCUUCCCAGACAGAAGACUCAGGCUCAUCUGACAAACAGACAGAUACUCUACAGCAAAGUCCACUCCAGUGGUUAUGGUCAACAGAGCCCAUCCAAAGGCAACAGGGAAACUGGGCCCACUGGCUGCCUGGAGCCACUGAUGGGCAGCCUGGAGGUGCUGCAUUUGAGUCACAAUGGCAUCUCCAAUAUGGCCAAUCUGCAGCUCAGCAGGCUCACCAAUCUUAAAGCCCUCUUCCUUCAAGGUAAUGAGAUCAGCCAGGUGGAAGGAUUGGAGGGGCUUCACCAACUCAGAGAGCUUGUGUUAGACAGGAACCGGAUCAAAGCCCUGGCUGAGAACUCUUUCAUUGCCCAGAAGGUCCUACUAGAACUGCACCUAACAGAGAACCGGAUCCGGGAGCUCAACCAUCUCAAUCCUAUGACUGAGCUCCGCAAGCUCUUUCUUGGCAUGAACAAGCUGCAGGACAUCUCAGAGCUUGAUAAACUAGAAGUUCUUCCUUCGCUGACAGAGCUUUCAGUUGUUGGCAAUCCCGUGGCCCGCAAUUCUCUCCACAGACCAGCAGUGGUGCUCCAUCUGUCCCGCUUGCAGGUCCUGGAUGGAGUGAUGGUCACUCUGGAGGAAAGGACCAGGGCCGAACUCCUCAGUGGUGAUCCAUCACCAUGCUCCCAGUGCCCUGGAGCUUCCCUUCCUACCACUGAAAUAAACCUACCUGGACUGUUACCCCUCAUGCCUCGAAAUACCCCUCUAAGAGGAAUGAGUAUAAGUGGAGGACUGCAAACUUUUAUGCAUGGGCACGAUAUCCUGUCAAGUAACAUGGAUGAAGCCCAAUCUCAUUACAUAUACAAGCACAAGAAGCACAAGCACAGUAAUGUUUCUCGAAGCGGCCAGACUGACAUUACCUUAAGACAAAUCCGAAGAACAGGAAACAACCUGCCGACCACGGGUCUCCUGUCUGAUGGGAACAGAGUCAUCAUCACAUAUCACAACCAGGAGCAAGACAACAGAUUCCCAAAUGGUGGUAAACCUCCACCCAUGUAGCAGCCAGAAGACACUGAUACUUGUCAAUCAGCCAUGACUGUGGUGUGGUGAUAUACUAUAGCACCGUGGCAUGCAGGACAUUAAAAUAUAUCUUAAUGGUGGUGUUUUUUGCCUUAAUGUCUAUGAGCACCUUCAUACCUUUACUUAUUCAAUGAGGAAAAUGUCAAAGGGCAUUUAAAGUGCCUUUUGCAUUUGAACACAGCAAUAAAUAACUUUCUCUAGAUGUUUAAAAAAAAAUGCAAAUUACAUUUUGAUAAAUCUCCUUCACUGUUAGUUUAAACAAAAAUCAGAGGCAUGUAGUGCAUCCCUUUCAAAUGCAUUUAUAAUGACUGAUUUUAUUUUCUAUCCACAUAUGAGGAUCACUAACCAUGGUAAUCUGAGGAUGAAAGGUUUUGGUGUCAUUUCUACCAUCCUAUCCUCUGCCCCAAAAACACCCACAGAUGUAGGGGCGUGUGAGGCUGGCAUGCUGCGUCCAUCAGGUCAAAUGCAUCCCCAACAAGUGGAUAAUCCAGCUUUAGCACACCUCUCUGUGGACAAUAAUCUGCAGUCACUCAGAUAAAGAUGUAAUCUUGAAUGAGGCCCAAAUGGAUUUCAUCAUGUUAGCCUCUUUUCAGAAAGCUCACCGUAGUUUUGCCUCUAAUAGGCAAAUCUCGUGUGUUGUAGCUGGAAAUGAACCUACUCCACUUGAUAUUUAUGAUGUUAUUUCUGAUGAACAUGAGAAUAUAAUCCUUCCUCUUUCAUGUCAGUUUAGCCCAGUAGUCCUGUAGUUAACUAAAAAAGCAGUCUAAGCCUGAAAUGUGGAGAAUACAGGCGAUAUUGUAAAACCUUCACAUUCAAACCGAAAAAUGUAUGAUGAAAACCUCCAUGUGAAAAGGCAUCUUUUCCCAUCCACCACCCUGUGCAUAAAUAUUAUGAUAUAGAAGAUGCAGACCUGUGCUGUAUGUUAAUGUUGCUGUAUGUUGAGUGGGUUGAGACCCGGUUUUGGUUAGAUAUGGCCUUUGUCCUAAACUGCAAAUGAGUAGUAGCAAAAGCGUUUUCUGUAGCAGCAAAAUUUUUUAAUACUCCUUUCCACCAACCUCAGCUUCAGAGUUUAUGCAUUUGUGGUGUUAGUUUGUCCACUAGGUGUCCUUAGAGCUCCAUUAGCUCUUCCUUUACGACACUGCUAAUCCAUCCACAGUGAAUUUGCCACCUGCCCUGUACUGUAGGUAGUAAUUUAUCAGUUGAAAGGGGAUACGUGUGUAUGCUUCCGAUUUGUGUUUGAUGCCGGCAUAUGCCUUUGCUGAACAUGCGAGGAAACAGCCAGCUCUAGGCAGCAAAAGUGAAAAGCUCUCCCCAAACAAGCUCCUCUAAUGCAUGUACUUAACUUCACUUAAUUUGUGUUAAUUCCCAGCAUUAAGCGGGGCUAAUGACUGUGCAAGUGAGUGCACUGUCAUUACCGUGUUCUGCCUGACAUCGAAUGGCAGCUGAUGGACACUUAAAAAAAAAAAAAAAAAGAAACUCUAAUGCACAGAUUUGGGGGCUCAGUAUGAGUACUCUAAUGCAUUCGGAAUCUCGAAGGAUAAUUGCAUAUUUUAUAUUUGUGUACAUGAUGUGCAGUAUGGACAUGUUAAGUAUAACUGUUUCCAAUGCAAUUGUAUUUAUGUGUGUGUUGUAAGCUUAUAGUGAGCAUACCACUCCAUACAGUAUGUUUCUCUUUGCAUAUCUGUCAGUAUUUUUAACAUUAAAAUGACAUUAGCAUAAA